UGAGCACCUCGGCUACCGCGGGCUCAGGUAGGAGGCAGCUCGUCGGACGGGGACCCAGGGCUGCAGGGCGCGGGAAGCCCUGGAUGUUCGCCCGCCCAGCCUGAGCCGGGUUCAUUUCUGGAUGUUUUCUCACUUGGGAACUGAGGGAAAUAGUUUCAAAGGAUGAGUGAAUUAGAACAGCUGAGGCGAGAGGCAGAGCAGCUGCGGACUCAGAUCCAGGAUGCUAGGAAGGCCUGCAACGAUGCCACACUUGUCCAGAUCACAGCUAAUAUGGACUCCGUGGGUCGAAUACAGAUGCGGACAAGACGCACCCUGCGGGGCCACCUGGCUAAGAUCUACGCCAUGCACUGGGGGUGUGACUCUAGGUCAGUCCUCAGUGCUUCCCAAGAUGGAAAGUUGAUUAUCUGGGACAGUUACACGACCAAUAAGAUGCAUGCCAUUCCACUGCGGUCCUCCUGGGUGAUGACCUGCGCAUAUGCCCCGUCCGGGAACUAUGUGGCCUGUGGAGGCUUGGACAACAUCUGCUCCAUCUACAACCUGAAGACCCGAGAGGGAAAUGUGCGGGUGAGCCGCGAGCUGCCAGGGCACACGGGAUACUUGUCCUGCUGCCGAUUUUUAGAUGAUGGACAGAUCAUUACAAGCUCAGGAGACACGACUUGUGCUUUGUGGGACAUUGAAACUGCACAGCAGACCACCACCUUCACCGGGCACUCCGGAGACGUGAUGAGUCUCUCUCUGAGUCCCGAUGCCCGGACUUUCGUUUCCGGUGCUUGCGAUGCAUCCUCGAAGCUCUGGGAUGUCCGAGAUGGAAUGUGCAGACAGUCUUUCACUGGACACGUCUCAGACAUUAACGCCGUCAGUUUCUUCCCGAGUGGCUAUGCCUUCGCCACCGGCUCCGAUGACGCCACUUGCCGACUCUUUGACCUCCGUGCAGACCAGGAGUUGCUGCUGUAUUUCCAUGACAGCAUCAUCUGCGGGAUCACUUCCGUGGCCUUCUCCAAAAGCGGGCGCCUCCUACUGGCCGGCUACGACGAUUUCAACUGCAACGUGUGGGACACGCUCAAAGGCGACCGGGCAGGUGUCCUUGCUGGUCAUGACAACCGUGUCAGCUGCUUAGGAGUGACAGACGACGGCAUGGCUGUGGCCACGGGCUCCUGGGACAGUUUUCUUAGAAUCUGGAAUUAACGGUGACCUGUAUUUUCUGUUCUCCGUUGCUAUCUGGAGAAAUCAAUGCUACAGCCUAUAGCUGUGAGAAAAAAUUCUGCCUUCUAUUUGCAGAUGAAGAUUUUUCUAUUGAGAUUAUUAUAUACAAAAAUCAGCUUUCAAUAAGCGAAAAAUAAAUAAAAUAGUGGGAAAAGCCGCAGUCAAGGCCAAGGUCCCUCCCCACUGAGGUCAAGGGGACUGGUAUAUUAAUUGAGGAGUUGGGUUAAUUUUAACCCUGACAAAGUUUUGCUUAUACUAAUUCUUCAUGUGAAAUUGAAUGUACACUUUAUAGUAUUUGCUCAUUGUUUUUGCAUUUUUCUGAGGACUAUACCUUAAGCUUUGUGUAUAUAAGAAAUGUCACAUUUUUUUUUUAGUGUUGUCAUAGAACCAGGCCCAGCGACUGGUGGAAGUAACCCUGUGGAUGUGUGUGUGCUGUCUGCAAGUCCCCUUGGAUUUUGACAUCCUCUUUAGCUUGGGCCCAUGCCAGCUUCAUGCUGAGGGUUGGUAGGUGAGGUGUCUCUCAGGGAGCAGGUAGCUGCUCCUGCACUCUUUGAUGCAAGUGAUCUGGUGGGUACUCGUUGAAGGCCUUCAGGGAUGGGUGGCCUGAAAUGCCAGAGGCAGACAUCUAACUUUGACAUAGGGGGGACACGUAGGACAUUUCAUGACCAUUUAUGAUACCAGAACAGUAGAUAUUGGCAUGCUGUUCUUGGUGUUCUAGAAUACUGGAAACAGCUGGACCUUGCUGCUGACUUUACAUUCUGAGUCUGUAGUGUUCAUAGUUAGGUUUGAUCAUGUGACUUGUCCUUUCAUCGAGAGUGUUCUCUGAUAGGAAGUUAUUUGUCUUAACAUUCUUGAGUGAUAUUAAACAGCCAUUCACUGGCACUAAUUUAUAACAGGGUAGAUUUAUAAAUUUUAUGUAACAUAAAAUCUGAAUGGUAUACAUUAUUUAUGCCCUUACAUUUUUCAUUUGGGGGGGGGUGUGCUGCAGAUGGAAUCCAGGGCGUCGUGCAUGCUAGGCCAAGUGCUUUACCCAAGUCAUGUUCUCUGCUCCUUUAACUUUCUCCUUUCUGUUGUAUUAGUGAGAAGUUGCUUCUAAGUAGCUGAUUGUAAAGAACAUCGAGAGCUGGGUAGCCCCACUCUGAAGUUCCUAAAGCAGUUUUUCCAUGAGCCAGGAAUGUGCCAAGCAGCUCCCCACUGGUCAGUGGUACAAUAACAUGUCUGCUACCAGGAUGUCCUGCUCGAAACCUGAACAAAUACCAUUCAGUUUUCUCUUGCAAAUGAAUCCCAAUGGUUGACACUUGCUGACAGUCUGGCUGGAGCAAGUAGUCGCAGGUUAUUCUGAAGUGCAUAAGUGCAUUGUGUGUUGUAACUCAGUAAAUUAUAGGCGGUUUCCCUCAUUCUGUGUUAACUUCUGACCACCUGUAAACUAUGCUCAGACUGUACUUGAUCUUCAUUUUUAAACUAUGCUCAGACUGUACUUGAUCUUCAUUUUUAUAUUUUGAAUAUGUUGAUGCACAUGCCUGCUGUAAUGAAAUCAGGGUCAGACAGAAGGGAAUUAAGGUAACAGGAUUAAAAUAGAAAGAGGGCACAGAUGGGGUGUGUACACCUGUAUCCUGCUUAGGAUUUCUGGGAACCCUUCACUACUGCAUACACACAAAUAAAAUCUUAAAAACCUACCAUAAAAACAAACCAGAAGUUGUAGUUUCUACUGCUGAGUUUUCCCUGUAGAUGUCUUACACUUAAUAAAACUUGAGACUUGGUCUUACAAGUAAAAACAUUCAGGGAAAUUUUAUGGCUGAAUGAAGACUUAUGAAUGAGUCAGCUGUAGCACAACACCUGUGUUUACUGCUAACCUGGAAAAGCUGACUGCAUCCUCCAGACACAUCUGCUAUCAUUUUGAAAAAUACUUUUAUUGGAGAAUUUCAUGGCCUGUCAUCGUUUUAGCAAGGAAUGUUCUUUUUAGAAUGUAGGAUUAUGCCAGGCUUUUAAAUACUGUGUUUAGUGUUUCUCUCUGGCCAGUGGGGAACAUCAUUUAAAACCACCUCUUAGCUCCUGUUGGAACUUUAAAGUUAUCCACAAGCAAGUCAGUCUUACGUGAAGGAUAGGAGGGCACUAAUACGUAUGUGAUGUGGGAUCCUACAGAAUGCGGGGAGGCGCCAGGCUCACUCUCCUAUUCACCUUGGUUACACAGGCAGCCAUAGGAUGCCAGUCACAGACUGAUGGGACACCCUGGGCUUGGGGAACGUUUUCCAUGUUGAUAGUCAUUGGUAACAGUUGGUUCUGUAAAGCAGAUAUAAUGUAGCAUUAUGAGGAAAAGACCUGUCUCAGCUAGUGUUGACUGUACCCAGCAGAGUCCACAUCACAAGCAGACUUGGCACUAGCAGCCCCGUGGUGUGCUCCCAGGCCCUUCCGUCCUCACAACGGUGCUCAGCCAGCUGCUCUGUUCAAAGCAUUUGCCUUGUCUUAGCCGAAGGCACGAGAUGCACCAUUUCAAGCACAUCCUGAAACUGUUCUAAGUAUUUUUCCUGUAAGGCACUUUGGAAGUGUUUUUCUUCACCCAAAAGUUUCUACACAGGUGGUCAACUGGCCACUAAUGUCAGCCCUAGCCAUCCACAAACUGUGGCCUGAUUUAGCAGUGUCCUCAGAUCUUACAGUGAUUCAUCCCUUUAUUUGUACAAUUGCUUGUGAAAUAUUGUUGCUAUGAACUGAUACUGUAAUCAAUAAAGUGCUUUUAACUAUAUAGUUCAUUGUACCUUAUUUUAAGUCAAAAUUCUAUUAAUAAAUAAAAUUUUAAAAAUUAAGCCCCAGUCCAUUUGGUCAGCCCAAAUUCCUUAAUCUAAACAUCGGUCAUUUAAAAAACAGUAUUUGUUUCUAUAGGUGGGUACCUGUAUGACCUGUAUACCACAGGUGCCCGUGGAAGCCAGAAGAGAGAUUCCCCUGAAGCAGUUAUGAGCUGCCUGAUGUGGGUGCUGGGAACUGAACCUGGGUUCUCUGGAAAAGCAGUACGUGCUCUUAACCACUGAGCCAUCUCGCCAGUCAUUACACUGGCCAUUUUUUUUUUCCCAUGAAAAAGGAACAGACUUCAGAAGCAAGGAAGAGACUGGAUGCUGCCAGCCCACCUGGCUCACUCUUAAAGGACAGAUUCUCAUUACUACUCCUUCCCUGAACUGAGCACAGGGCCCCAGGCUGCAAUUCCAGUACUUGGGAACGUAGAGGCAGGAGGAUCCCAAGUCUGAAGCCAUGCGGUCCCUAUAGCUGUUAGAAUAAUCCCAGUUUUACUUUCAGAGUCAAUUCUGCUUAGAGUACAGAUUCUAAAUGCUUUUAUUCUCUCUCAUUAUAAUCUUGGGAUUAAUGAGGAAAUUAAGAUAAAGAUGUACCCAUUCUGCCCAGCUGCAGAAUUACCGUGGGAAACCUCAAACUGCCCCCUCCCCCACCCCAACAGCAGUGGACAACAUAUGCUCUUACCCUUCCAGCCACUGGCCAGCCAAGGAAAGGAAAUGACAGUAACAGUCAUCAGGUCCACCAGUGCAAGGCAGCGUCCUGCCGGGUCAAACGAGUGCACGUGGAAGUUGAGGUCACUAACGGGAGUAUCAAUGAUGCAUUUGUCAGCUAACAGGCAAAUAGAUUUAUUUUCAUCUUGCAAGUUUGCAUACUUAGAAAAUCUUCUGUAAAAAGUUCAAGCUUAUACAAAGUUUAUAAAUAAUUCUAUAGACAUACACAGUAAAUACUCAAGUGAAACUCUGGGCUAUAACGGAUGUAACUACAAACUUUCUGUAUUACGCAUGGACCCAGCCACAGGUGCACUUACAUCCAGGCGUAAGAACUGGCUGGCUUUCAGCAUUUCAGCGUUCUGGUCUCAACAGCCAUACGUUUUCUACACUUUGUCAGCUGGAACAACAUUCUAAUCAGGGUGGUAAGUACACCGUACCAGCAGCACAGUACAGGUGACCCCAGAAUCCAUAGUGCGUCAGAACACCCACAGGGCUUGCUUAACUGCGGACCCCAAACCUGGAGUCUCUGAUGCCAUACGUCUGGGUUGAGGCCUGAGACUCUGCAGUUCUUACAAGUUUAAAAAUAAUGCUGAUGACCCAGGGACCACACUUGGAGAACCACUGUACCAUGCUACCUUUGCAGCCUAUGUUAGCGGACCUUGAUUUCACACAUUUUCAUAAGAUUUUCACCUCAUCCUACUUGGUGGCCUGUGCCAUGUUUUGGGUUAAAAAUCAGCAAUAAAAGCAAAAAGUAGUUACAGGUAUUUAGAUUUGAAUACUGCAGUCCAAUACCCGAUUUGCAUAAGACAGAAGUGAGACAUUUCUAUGGCCUAAAACACCCUUUAAACACCUUAAAAGGUGGCGGUGCGCCUACGUGAAGGCAAACUAGCACCAGGAGCCUUAAAAGGCACAGAAAGGUAAGUGCUGAAAAGAAAAGGCCUCAAAUUUGGACCCUCAACACCCUGUGGAACACAGCGUCCCCUAAGAUGGCACCCUUGGACUGACAGGCAUCCACUUAGCGUUCCUCUGUCAUAAUCAGGUCAGAGAACCUGCCACUUGGAAGUAUUUCCACAGGUGUCAGUCAGCUCAGCUCAGAAGCAGAUAUGAUAGUUGAACCACAAACCUUUCACUACAAUAGGAAAACAGUGACAAUUUUUAACAAAGCCCCAGAAAAUUCACAUACAGUAAAAGCCCCCAGUGGGGUUGAGCCCAGUGCCCGCCAUCAAGCACCUUCCCAACACCUCCAUCCAGCUUCGCUGUCAGGUCCCCACCCUCCAGGCAGACCUCCUGGGCCCCUGCCAGCCACCUCCAUCCCUUCAGACCUUCCAACUCACAACAAGGCAGCAGUGCUCUCCCUGCCAGACUCUCGCCCUGGGGUCCAACUAGAUUUCAUAGCACAGAUGCUUCUUAAGAGAUAGAAAACUAGACCAGACACUUCAUGUAUGCUGUAAGGACAGGCUUGCUCCUGUUUCACAUCAGCUUUAAUGGGAUAAAAGGGUAAAAACACCAUGCUUAUUAGUGGUUUACAUCUUGCUGUGCUGGCCAAGGGACUGUAACUUGCAUAAAUACUACACCCAAGAACAGCCCGCACUCCCUGGUGUUAGA